UGCUGCUUUGUAGAUUGUUUCUGUUCCUUCAGCAUACUUUAUAUUAAGCACAAGGGCUUGAAUUUGAUGAGAUCUGCCCUGUUCUUGCCUUUUGUGUUGUACUCAGGCCAUCUUGGCUCACUCAGGUACAACUGAUUUGCAUGAUGGUGUUCUAAGAGCUGCAACCCACUCCACGGCUGCUCUUGCAUCUGUGCAGAGCAGAUGUGUGCAGUGUCAUAGGACAUGCAUCUGAAUGUUGUACCUGACACGUGUAUUCAGUGCAUGGUCCAUUACUCUCUUGAUGUUACUGUGCAUGCAGUACAAAGGGGACAUGGGCUAAAGCAUCCUCAGCGUUACCCAGAGGCGUGCUUUUGUUCUCAUUCCUGUUCCUCAGCACAUGUGGCAUGCAGCCUGGGCUGCAGGGACCUGCUCAGCGGUGUUCAGCCAAGUGCCAUUCAUUCCCCAGCACCCUGUCUGGGAGCUGCUGGUGUCCAGCCUGUUCUGCUCUGUGACAGGGAGGCUGUGUCUCUUACAGCUUGGUUGCCACUAGGUGGGGGCUGUGAUCCAGCCUGAGAAGUGCUGGGAGGCCGGGUGAGACCUGGCCAACCUGUCCUCAAAAGUCUUCAGCCACCAAGAAGAAGCACAAGCGGCAGCUGCUGCUCAGCUGCAUUCUGCCUCCUGCUGGGCCAUUGGCUGCGAGGUGCUUCCUGUGGAGUGGGAAAAUACUGAUGGUGCCCACACCUCUUGGUGAAGAUGGGUAAGGAAAUGACAGCACAGGUCCCUGGGGCUGAGGAGGCUGGAGCUAUUGCUGGAAAGUCUGCUGUUGGCACUGCUCAGUGCUGUAUGGCAGAAGGGGUCUACCUUGAUAUGGCCAGGAGAAAGGGAGCCCCCAGCAGCCCUACACAACAGUCCUGUGGAAGGAUGGAGCGUCCAGGACUGCUGUGCUGACAGGUGUUGGUGAGGAGCAUGUUUCAUGCACAGGAGCAGGGGAGGGUUUAUUGUCUGUGAUCCUCACCCUUUGGCAUGGUGGUUUCUGCUCUGCUUUCCCAGAGAAGUGUCAGCUAUCAGGGCUCUAAUUCACAGCUUCUUGGGACACCCCUGCUUGUGUUUGCAGAGGAGGUUAGAACUUUGGAAGAAGAAGAGCACAGCAGUUGUGUUCAGACAAAAACACUUGCCAGAAACGCAGCCAGCAUGAGUAAGUGUCAAGCAAUUUCCAGCAGUCUGUUUUACACAAGCUGAAUGUGCACGUUGGGAGAGUGGGAGUUUUCUAGAGUUUGAAGUUCAGGUUGGGGUCUGCUUGAGGUGUACCCAUGUCAGAAAGGCUGGCAAGAAUUUUUAUUGUGUGUUUGCAUGUUUAUACUCUUUACCAGCUGCUUGGCAGUCACUGACACAAAAGACGGCCUGUCUGUGCUUUGGUUUCUAUAAAUUCCAGGGACUAUUUUUGCCAGCUCUACCUUUCUAUGUGAGCAAAGCACAGCAAACUCCCAGCCACUGUGUUUUGUUUGGGAGAUACUGGCACUUUCCUUGACAUGUUGCACUGACAAGCAGUGCUUAAAAGCAUCCGUGUAAGCCAAAAUAAGCUGGUAUGAUGUGAAUUCUCCAUGAUAGGUAUGGAAGAGUCAUGGGCUAAUCAGACUGGGGAAAUGUUGUGGGCAGAGUUUUGUGUACCGAGCAGCUCAUGAACAAGUCAUGCUGCUAUUAGUGAGAUGCGUCAUCUUCAAAAUUCUGGGCUGGCUUUAAGUUGCUUCAGGGUCCUUUUGGAGAAGACGCUGUUCCUGUGGUACAUGUUAUCCUUAAGGAUCCCUGAACAUGUAUUAUCACUUGCAUGUUGACAUUGGUUUCUCAUCUCUUCAGGUUCAAAUAAUUGCUCUGCUUCCUGAAAUGUCUGCUGCAGGAUAGCAAUGGAUUUAGUCCUUGUAUUUGUUCUGGAACGGAGCUCCCAGAAAGUACAGGCAGAUUCUUGUUACAAACUGUAAAAGUCUUCAGCUUGAAAAGUACAGCAGAAAUGGGUAUCGUUAAGUAACAUGAUAUUGAACAUGACAUCCAUGGCAUGUAUCCUGUUGCAGGACAGAGGCAGCACAGGUUUACUCUGCAGACCCAAAUGUGAAUUUGUUCAUCACGGGGACAUCAUUACAAUUGGGGCUUCUUUUGUUGCAUUCUAUAUACCCAACGUGCACAGAAGUGUUCCUACACUAUAUUUUCAGACAUCUGACAGACAAGCUGCAGGGUUGAGUAGUCAUUUGUGGGGCAGUUUAAGGCCUGUGAAGUUUAUCCAGUUCUCUUAAACUACUGCUGCUUAGAAAAAUGACAAUCUAAUUGUAGCUUGUGCUUUGGCUUUUAGGGACAUGAAAUGCAGCGCCAAUAGGCAAAGUCAAAACUAAAUUAUCUGCCUUUUUGUGCUACAGGGGAAUAUAAAGGUAGACAUGGGUUGUGCAGCAGGCUCAGCCCAGCUUUGCAGAGGUGUGCUGCAGCAGAAGCCAGUUAAAUUCCUGGAGGCAGGAGGUAUGUCUUGACUCUGCUCCCAACCUUCAACAGCACAAAAGCACUUCCUCUCUGCACUGAGUGAAAUGGGGUACUAUGUUCUAGGCAUUACACCAAAAGGGAAUUUUUCUUUGGGACCCAACCCAAAGUAACCCUUAAAGCCUUGUUGACUUCAUAGCUGAAGCACGACUUGGAAUUCAGCGCUUCCUUUUGACACUCAGGCAUCUGAUUCUGCUGUUAGAGACCAAUGGAAAGCUGAUGGGAGCAGGGUACCUCUGAAACCUGUAGAUGUUAAAGACUGUGUAGACAAAGCUCUUUUACCAUAGGUCCUGCCUCUUCCCACUACUUGCAUCUGUGUCCCAGUGAUCCCCUCUUCGGGUCAGCAGCCAUAUGAGAUGACUGCUGUAGCUCUGCUGGUGCAACAAACAGUGAGUAGAAGGGACUCCUGCUUGCACGAAGCAACUGUGCCUGCACAGCUGCAGUUGAGGCUAAAGAAGGUUGAGUGCUGUCCACUGUGGUGGAGAUAAUGUAGGGUGUCCUAAAACCAUCCAGCUGUCUGCCUGCCAGUGUGAUGUCUGGGACGUGUGGCUCAGGAAAGGCUGAGUCUGGGGCAAGACCAGGAGCAGAGGAAGAAGAGAAAUGGUGCUGCGGGCUGGGGCAGGGCCUGACUGCCUCCGGGAAACUCUGAUGGAGGAAAAGGGAAGGCCAGGGUGAGGUGAGGUGAGGCUGGCAGCAGGAAUGGAAAUGUUGGGUUCAACCUCCAGCUGUGGUUCUUUUGGAUUCCCGGUGUUUCUCAGCACCAGCUCAGGGACAGGCAGGGGCUGCUGCUGAAGCACCGUGUCUUGUCUGUGCCCGGUGUCUGCUGUGUGGCAGCAUGGAACCCUGCGUCCUGCUUCGCCAAAAAUUCUCAGUGAUGCUGUAAGAACAGCAGAGUCUUUGGGUGGCAAUGACUGAGGGAGCUGCCUCUGGGAGACAUGCUGGAGCCUGUGCAGUGGGACAGCACGGGGCUGCUGCCUGCAUGGGUGCUGCAGAUCAAAGGCUGUCCUUGAGGGAACUUCUCUGAAGCUGCAUCUCAGUUUACAUUUGAAUUUGAGGCACAGGCAAAACUUAUUUGAAUUUGUUCCGGUGGAAUGAUGGGGGAUUAAUUAGUUAAUGAAUACUCAGAGAUGCAAACUAAGAGCUAGUUGUUCAUGCUGCACUGGGGCCAGCAUGUCGUCCUGAACUCCAUCUCUCUGUGCCUGCCAAAGUUUUUUUGCUACUACACAGGUGGAUGUGUUUUCAGCAAAGGUUUCCACGUGGAAGAUUUUAAGAACUAAAAUAAAAAGCAUCUCCAAGUUUGAAAUCAUGCUGCCAGGGAGAGUGUUUGCAAGGAAGCAGCCAGAUAAAUAAGGAAAUUUGACAAGUUGCAAAGAGGUGAAAUUCUACAGUGUGGUGACAAUUCCCAGCCUGUGAGAGCCUCACUGUGGUCCCAGCCUCCUUGGGCUGACUACAGGAUCGUCCUUAUUACAGGCAGCCUCAGGAAACUGGGCUGGACUGAAAAAGUAACAGUGAUGUUAAGUUGGUCUGAGUCACUGACUACAUCCCCUGUGGUUCUCUGAGGGCAACUGCUCUUGGAGGAAGGCAGAGUAGGAUGCAGUGAGUGAGAGCUGCUCUUUCUGGUCACCACGAACUUCAGAUCUCCUCCUCCCAUAGCCUCUCCCUGUCUUUUGUACUUUCCCUGCUACUCCAUCCACUGCAGCAUGAACUGGCAGAAGCAGCAGUUAGAAGCCCUGCUCUGAAAGCGACUUGAGAAGCGUUGGAACCAGCAGCAGCCAUGAACAUGAAAACUGCGCUCAUGCUGCUGCUCCUGGCCCUGGCCACAAUCUUUGCCCUCGUCUGUGUGCUGCUGACCCGGGCACGGGCCCCCGGCGCCUGCCAGCAGCAGCCCCCGGCACAGGAGGAGGACGAUGGCCACAGCCGGGUCUUUGCCGACCUGAGCCCCGAGGAGCUGGCACAGGUGGUGCAGUACCUGCGGGGCAGCCUCGGGGUGCCGCUGGUCGAUGCGGCGCGUGCCAAACCUUCCGACAACUGCAUUGCCUCUGUGGAUGUGCAGCUCCCGGCCAAGGCAGAGGUGCUGCGGUUCCUGGAUGAUGGAGGGACUCGCCCGCCCCGGGAGGCACUGGCCGUGCUGUACUUUGGAGCCCAGGCUGAGCCCAACGUCACCGAGUACGUGGUGGGCCCACUGCCAGCACCAACGUACCACCGGGACGUCACGGUGCAGAAGUACGGGGGGAAGGUGCCGUACCACCGCAGACCAGCGUUGCCUGCUGAGUACAAACAGAUUGCUGACUUCUUUAAAAAACAAGUGUUCCCUGCAGCUCCGUCCUUCAUGGAGCAAGUGAUGGAGUAUGACGGAACCAGCCUGGCCACUGUGACAGCUGCUCCUCGUGGAUCGCGGUCUGGAGAUCGGCUGACCUGGUUUGUCAUGUUUCAGAAUGUGAGCGGGUUCUUCCUGCACCCAGUGGGGCUGGAGGUGCUGGUGGACCACAGCAGCCUGGAUCUUACACAGUGGGCAGUCCGCAGGGUCUUCUACAAUGGGCAGUACUACGGAGACAUGUCUGAGCUGGAGAGAAUCUAUGUGCAGGGUGGUGUCCGUGUGGAGAAGGUGAGAAAAGCACCACGGGAUGGGGACUUCUCAUCCAUGAGGCCCCGAGCACCAGUGGCUGCGACAUUCCCUUUGCAGUAUGAGCCCCAGGGGCCGCGGUACAUUAUCAGGAGCAACCUCGUUAUCUUCCAGGCCUGGAGCUUUGCCUUUGGAAUGAGUGUGACGACAGGCUUGCGCCUGUUUGACAUCCGAUACAAUGGGGAGAGAGUUGUGUAUGAGCUGAGCGUGCAGGAGGCGCUGUCAGUGUAUGGCUCCAACUGCCCUGGGGGGAUGUCCACCCGCUACAUGGAUGGCAGCUUUGGCAUUGGGCGCUACGCCUCACCCCUGGUGCGAGGGGUUGACUGCCCAUACAUGGCCACCUAUGUGGACACACACACCCUGCAUGAGGGCCUGAGCUCCAGCAAGAGGACAGUGGCCCUCUGCAUCUUCGAGCAGAACCUGGGCUCCCCUCUGCGGCGCCACUACUCCAACCUACAGUCAUUGUACUACGGUGGGAUGGUCAACUCCGCGUUGGUCCUUAGGUCCAUCACCACUGUGGGUAACUACGACUAUGUCUGGGACUUCAUCUUCUACCAGAAUGGGGCCAUUGAAGGCAAAGUCCAAGCCACAGGGUACACGAGCUCGUCCUUUUUCCAUGGGAAUGGCCUGCAGUACGGCAAUAGAGUUUGGGAGCAUACACUGGGUACAAUUCACACCCAUUUUGUCAACUAUAAAGUGGACUUGGAUGUGGGAGAGGUGAAGAACUCUUUGGUGGCCCAUGACAUGGCAUUUGAGAUGGUACAGGCUCCCUGGAACCCAGAGCAGCAGAUUGAGCGUCCACGGCUCACCAAGAAGGUCCUGGACACGGAGGACCAGGCUGCCUUCCGGCUCCACUCCCCGAUGCCCAGAUACAUCUACUUUGCAACCAACCAAAAAAAUAAGUGGGGCCACCAGCGCGGCUACAGGAUUCAAAUCAUCAGCUUUGCAGGGGAUCACAUUCCCGAAGCCAGCUCCAUGGAGAGAGCCAUCAGCUGGGCAAGGUACAAGCUGGCUGUCACCAGGCGGAAGGAGGAGGAACCCACCAGCACCAGUGUCUACAACCAGAACGACCCUUGGACCCCCACUGUCGCUUUUGCUGACUUCAUCAACAAUGAAACUAUCACCAAUGAGGACCUGGUGGCCUGGAUAACUGCUGGUUUCCUCCAUAUCCCUCACUCAGAAGAUAUUCCCAACACCUUGACAGUGGGAAAUUCAGUUGGUUUUCUUCUGAGACCCUACAACUACUACGACUUGGACCCCUCCAUUUACUCUCCCGAUGGUGUGUUUUUUACCAGUGAGCAGAACUUCAUGGUGUGUGAGGUUAACCCCAUCACCUGCCUGUCCCAAACUGCCUCCUGCUUGCCAAGCCUGCCCCCAUUCACCUAUGAUGGAUUUCAAAACAGCAGCAGGCUUUGAAGGUCUGUCAGGCAGGGUCAGAGGCUGAUUGUUUUCUGCGUUUGCCAUCGUGUAACAACUUUACUUUUUAUUGUGGCUUUUAUAAUGCAGUGAUCUGUAUGAGUGAAGCAAGUUGCUGAGCAGAGGUCUGCAGAAUCUCUGCUAACUGCUGCAUGCCAGGGGUAAAAGUGAGGAGAAAAUGCUCUUCCCCUCUUGUAGCAAUAAAUGCUGUGUAGUGCCAAUGUCAGUUAAAAAAAAUAAUAAUAAUCCAAUGCUAUUCCA